AUGCAGUGGGUGAAGGUGCUUGGGGGGGUGGUAGGGGCCGCUGCCCUCUUGGGGCUGGGGAUCAUCCUGGGCCACUUUGCCAUCCCCAAAGAAGCCGAUGUCCCAGCCCCCAGCAUCUCCCAGGACCUGGAUCUGGAGAUCCUUGAGACCGUCAUGCAACAUCUGGAUGCCAACAGGAUCCGGGAGAACCUCAGAGAACUCUCCAGGGAGCCUCACCUGGCCUCUAGCCCCCGAGAUGAGGCCCUCGUGCAGCUCCUGCUGCAGCACUGGCAGGACCCGGAGUCAGGCCUGGACUCGGCUGAGGCCCCCGCCUAUGAAGUGUUGCUGUCCUUCCCCAGCCAGGAGCAGCCCAACCUCGUGACCGUUGUGAGUCCCACUGGGAGGGUCCUCUUUUCCUGCCGCCAGAGUGAACAGAACCUGACUGGGGAACAGGCGGGGCCUGACGUGGUACCACCAUAUGCUGCCUACACUCCCCCAGGGACCCCCCAGGGCCUCCUCGUCUAUGCCAACCGGGGAACGGAAGAAGACUUUACGAAUCUACAGACUCAGGGCAUCAAACUGGAAGGCACCAUUGCGCUGACCCGCUACGGGGGUGUAGGACGCGGGGCCAAGGCUGUGAACGCUGCCAAGUACGGGGUCGCUGGGGUGUUGGUAUACACGGACCCCGCAGACAUCAACGAUGGGCAGAGCUCCGCCAAUGAGACCUUCCCAAACUCCUGGCACCUGCCUCCGUCUGGGGUGGAGCGAGGCUCCUACUUUGAGUAUUUUGGGGAUCCCCUGACUCCCUACCUUCCAGCCAAUCCCUCUUCCUUCCGCCUGGACCCUGAUGCUGCCCCUGGAUUUCCUCCAAUUCCCACUCAACCCAUUGGCUUCGAUGAUGCAAAAAUCCUUCUCUGUAACCUCCAGGGAACUGUGGCCCCGGCUGCCUGGCAGGGAGCACUGGGUUGUGACUACAAGUUGGGGCCUGGCUUCCGGUCUGAUGGUGACUUCCCAGCAGACAGCCAGGUGAACGUGAGUGUCCACAACCGCCUGGAGCUGCGGAACUCCUCCAACGUCCUGGGGAUCAUCCGCGGCGCGGUGGAGCCAGACCGUUACGUGCUGUACGGAAACCACAGGGACAGCUGGGUACACGGGGCCGUGGACCCCAGCAGUGGCACGGCCGUCCUCCUGGAGCUCUCCCGAGUCCUGGGGACCUUGCUGAAGAAGGGCACCUGGCGUCCCCGCAGAUCAAUAGUGUUUGCGAGCUGGGGGGCAGAGGAGUUUGGGCUCAUUGGCUCCACAGAAUUCACCGAGGAAUUCUUCAGCAAGCUGCAGGAGCGCACCGUGGCCUACAUCAAUGUGGACAUCUCGGUGUUUGCCAAUGCCACUUUGAGGGCGCAAGGGACGCCUCCGGUCCAGGGCGUCAUCUUCGCUGCAGCCAAACAGAUCCCUGCACCAAGCCCGGUUGGCCUCAGCAUCUACGACAACUGAAUCCGGUAUUCCAACCGUAGCAGCCCAGCCUACGGCCUGGUCCCCAGCCUGGGCUCUCUGGGCGCCGGCAGCGACUAUGCUCCAUUCAUUCACUUCCUGGGCAUCUCCUCCAUGGACAUCGCUUACACCUAUGACCGGAGCAAGACUUCAGCCAGGAUCUACCCCACCUACCACACAGCCUUCGACACCUUUGGUUACGUGGACAAAUUUGUGGACCCUGGCUUCAGCAGCCACCAGGCCGUGGCCCGGACAGCAGGGAGCGUGCUGCUGAGGCUCAGUGACAGCCUCUUCCUUCCGCUGAAUGUCAGUGACUAUGGAGAGACCCUCCGAAGUUUUCUGCAGGCUGCCCAGCAGAACCUGGGGGGCCUGUUGGAGCAGCACAGCAUCAGCCUGGGGCCUCUGGUGACUGCAGUGGAGAAGUUUGAGGGGGCAGCUGCAGCCUUGGACCAGCACAUAUCAGCACUGCAGAAGGGCACCCCUGACCCCCUGUAGGUCCGGAUGCUCAACGACCAGCUGAUGCUCUUGGAACGGACCUUCCUAAACCCGCGAGCCUUCCCAGAGGAACGCUACUACAGCCAUGUGCUCUGGGCACCCCGCACCGGCUCCGUGGCCACAUUCCCCGGCCUGGCCAACGCCUGCUCCAGGGCCAUGAACACAGGCCUUGGAUCUGCAGCCUGGGCUGAAGUGCAGAGGCAGCUCAGCAUCUUGGUGGUGGCCCUGGAGGGUGCAGCAGCCACCCUAAGGCCUGUGGCUGACCUCUGACCCCAGCUCCCCACCGUCCUUCAACCUAACCCGCUCCAAUUGUUCUUGGGUGUGUCCCAGUCUUCCUUGAUGCCAACCUGAGGCACCAUCAUGGGACCCUAUUAAGCUUCUGAGACAA